AUGCCAGCGCAGGAAUCACAGCACCACCACACCCGAUACCCGCACCACUCGACCCACCCAAAGCGCACCUGCGCCCUCCCGCUCCUCGUCGUCUCGCUCAUCACCGCCGUCCUCCUCGCCCUCGACCCGCCCCUGAGCCUGUUCCGCCAGUCGAGCCGCGCACCACACUCGCCAAUGGCACAAACCAUGUCCACCACCUCUGUCCCUCGCCCUGCCGGCAAAGUCUCAGUCGGCUACUUUGUCAACUGGGGCAUCUAUGCGCGCGCCUUCAAGCCCGAGCACAUCCCCGUCGACGACCUCACCCACAUCCUCUACUCGUUCGCCGAGGUCAAGGAGGACGGUGAGGUCAAGCUCACCGACGCCUGGUCCGACGAGCAGAUCCACUACGGCUCCGACUCGUGGAACGACCCGGGCGGGCCCAACCUGUACGGCAACCUCAAGCAGCUGUACCUCCUCAAGCAGCGCCACCGCUCGCUCAAGGUCCUCCUCUCGAUCGGCGGCUGGACCUACUCGGAACACGGCCGGUUCGCGCGCCCAAUCUCGACCCCGGCAGGUCGCGCCCGCUUUGUCGAGACGGCCGUCGCGCUCGUCGGCGACUACGGCCUCGACGGCCUCGACGUCGACUUUGAGUACCCGCAGGACGACGCCCAGGCGCGCGACUAUGUCGAGCUCCUGAGGGGCUUGAGGCACGGCCUCGACGAGCUGCAGCACCGCCUCGGCAUGGCGCCGCCGCACGGGUUCGAGCUCACGGUCGCAGCGCCCUGUGGACCGAGCAACUUUGAGAAGCUGCGCGUGCGCGAGAUGAACCAGUACCUCUCGUUCUGGAACCUCAUGGCCUACGACUACGCCGGCUCGUGGGACUCGGUCGCCGGCCACCAGGCGUCCAUCUUUGGCGCGACGCCCCACGCCCUCUCGACCGACCGCGCGAUCCGGUUCUUCACCGACCCGGCCAAGGGCGGCGUCAGGCCCGACAAGCUCGUCCUCGGCAUCCCGCUCUACGGCCGCUCGUUCACCGACACCGACGGCCCGGGCACGCCUUUCCAGGGCAUCGGCGCUGGCUCAUGGGAAGCAGGCUCGUACGACUACAAGGCGUUGCCUCUCGCCGGCUCGCACGAGUCGUUCGACCCCAAGCUCGUCGCCGCCAGCUGCUACGACCCGGCCAAGCGCGAGUGGGUCUCGUACGACUCGGUCGAGAGCGCGCGAGCCAAAGCCGAGUUCAUCAGCGUCAACGGCCUCGGCGGCGCCAUGUACUGGGAGCUGUCGGGCGACCGCCCGGCCGCGUCGGGCGCGUCGCUCGUCCGCGUCGUGCGCGAGCGCAUCGAGCGCACGCGCGAGGGCAUGGACAAGAGGCACAACUGGCUCGCGUACACGGGCAGCAGGUGGGAGAACUUGCGCAACGGCAUGAGGGCGUGA